UCGACUGUCACUUCCGUGUUGGCGUGUCCCGACGUCACGCGGAAUGUGAAGCAGGAAACGCGGAUGUGUUGCGCUUAAUCUGCAUCUACAGCCGUGCUCCUAACCAUAUGUCGAAGCCAACCCCCCUUCCUAGCUGAUCUGAUCCGAACCAGACGCAGUGCCUCGGACGCGGGUUGGACGGAACCGACUGGAGGAAUGCCUGCCGGUGUGUGUGGAUGUUGUGGUCCUUUGCGACCACGCUACAAGCGACUAGUGGACAAUAUUUUUCCUGAGGACCCCAAGGAUGGACUGGUGAAAUCGGACAUGGAGAAGUUGACGUUUUAUGCGGUGUCGGCACCAGAGAAGCUGGACCGCAUCGGAGCAUACCUGGCUGAACGUCUUAGCCGAGAUGUGGUACGACAUCGCUAUGGGUACGUGGUGAUAGCGAUGGAGGCGUUGGAUCAGUUGUUGAUGGCCUGUCAUUCUCAGAGUAUCAAGCCAUUUGUGGAGAGCUUCUUACACAUGGUAGCCAAACUGCUGGAAUCCAGAGAACCAGAUUUACAAGUGCUGGGCACCAACUCGUUUGUGAAGUUCGCGAACAUCGAGGAGGAUACACCGUCUUACCAUCGCAGAUAUGACUUUUUCGUCUCACAGUUCAGUGCCAUGUGUCAUUCAACAUAUGAGGACCCCGAAACUCGCAGCAGGAUCCGUGUAGCAGGCAUUAAGGGUCUUCAGGGUGUCGUUAGAAAAACUGUGAAUGAUGAACUCCAGGCAAUUAUCUGGGAACCUCAACACAUGGAUAAACUCAUCCCCUCUAUGCUGUUCAACAUGCAAGAUAAUGAUGACUCAGAGAGGGCUGGAGAGGAAAAUCCGGCUUCAUUGGCUGAGAGUUGCUUUCGAGAGUUGCUGGGUCGAGCUGCUUACGGCAACAUGAACAAUGCAGUGCGCCCUGUACUGGUGCAUUUAGACAACCAUCGUCUGUGGGACCCGAACGAUUUUGCUGUUUCCUGUUUCAGGAUAAUCAUGUACUCAAUACAGGCCCAGCAUUCUCACCAUGUGAUCCAGCAAGUGUUGUCUCACCUUGACACCCACAGUAAGAACACCCCACGUGUGAGGGCAGGUAUCGUCCAGGUGCUGCUGGAGACGGUUGCCAUAGCAGCCAAGGGCUCCAUCGGUCCCACAGUCCUGGAGGUGUUUAACACCCUGCUGAAGCAUCUGCGUAUGAGUGUGGAUUUUGAGCUGGGCGACGGUUCCCGCAGGAACUCCGCGAGUAGCCUUUCCUCCACCCGCACCAAAGAGAGCGAGGAGCGGAUCGUCCAGAACGCCAUCAUCCAAACAAUCGGUUUCUUUGGAGGAAAUCUUCCUGAUUACCAGAGAGCAGAAGUGAUGAUGUUCAUUAUGGGGAAAGUGCCUGUUUACGGCACGCCGUGCCACACGCUGGACACCGUCAAGAUCGGGCAUCAGGGCACUAAGAGAAUCCAGAUGAUGCUGUUAAGUUCUCUCAUUAUGGUUACGUCCGGGUUUAAGUGUAAAACGAUCUGUGCUGGCCUGCCUGCAGCAUUUCUGGAGCCGUUGUGCUCCAUCUCUCUGAUGGAAGACAGCGAACUCCGGCAACUCGUCUUGGAGAUUCUGCACAACAUCAUCGAUCGCCAUGACAACAGAGCCAAGCUCAGGGGGAUCCGGAUUAUUCCUAAUGUAGCUGCUCUGAAGUUCAAAAGAGAAAAAAUCUCCAAACAGGAUGUGGUUUUCAUGAAAAAGCAUGGGCAGCAGUUAUACAGACACAUCUAUCUGGGCUGUAAGGAGGAAGACAACGUGCAGAAGAACUUUGAGCUGCUCUUCACAGCUCUGGCUCUGAUCACUAUUGAACUGGCCAAUGAAGAGGUGGUGAUUGACCUCAUCCGCCUGUCCAUCGCACUACAGGACAUGGCCCUGGUCAAUGAGGAGAACAUGCCCAUGUUUAUUCGCUGUGGCGUCAUGGCGUUGGUCGCCGCAUACCUCAAUUUCCUCAGUCAGAUGGUUGCAAUUCCCCUUUUUUGCCAACACGUCAGCAAGGUGAUUGAGAUGAGAAAUCUUGAUGCUCCGUACCUUCUGCCUGAACACGUUUUUAGAGAAAAGUGUGUGUUCCCAGACUCUUUGGAGCGGGACGACAUUGCUUUGUAUUUUCAAACAGCUGAUCUGGCGGAAGCUCUGACUCUACCCGGAUAUAACGUAGAGAGACUGGCUAUACCGUACAUACCCCAGGUUACAGAUGAAGACCGCCUGCCCCGUAGGAAGAGUUUUGUCGACACUAUUUCUCUCCAAGUUGACAUCAUUUCCAACAGCUUACCUGAUCAGUCUCAGCUUGCAGAGGAAAUCACGUUUGAGACCCUAAAGAAGGCCAUCGAUACCACUGGUCUGGAGGAACAAGAAAGGGAGAGGAGACGGCAGGUGAUGGAAAAGUUCCAGAAAGCUCCGUUUGAGGAGAUUGCAGCCCACUGCGAGUCCAAGGCCAACAUGCUGCAUGAUCGCUUGGCUCAGAUAUUUGAACUCACCAUUCGCCCUCCCCCGAGCCCCUCGGGCACCGUGACCGUGACAUCAGGCCAUGCCCAGUACCAGUCUGUGCCAGUCUAUGAAAUGAAGUUCCCUGACCUCUGUGUGUACUGAACCAUGACUUUUCACCUUGUCUGUAUCACACAGACUCAACUUUGACAUAUGACCACUGACCUUUAUCACACUUUAAAAGGCCACAUGCUUGGUCCUGUGACCUUUAUCUCACCUGAGCCACUCAUCUACAUUAGACGCCUUUCACUAUAAACUUUUCAUACAUUCAUGUCCAGCAGAGGGAAUGGAUGCGACCUGGACACCUCCAUUCUGCACCAAUCAGCACGCAGAGCUUUACAACCAGCUGUCCAAUCAUACACCAGCUCUGUAUAAUCGUAUGUCUGUGAUUUUCAGUUUGAUUCUUGCACUAAUAGGCAGCUCCAAGAAUCAAAACUAGUCUUUUAAACACUUGAUUCUUCAGCUUCUUUAUCUAUUGAUUCAUAGGAGUCAUUUAGAAAAAGACUCACUCUGGCUGCAUUUAGGGGAACUUAACUGCUAGUUUAUUUUCAUGAACUAAUUAUUUUUCUUUAGCACAUUAAUCCAUCAUCAGCAGAGAGAUUUGAGCAUAAUUGGUUUCUGCUCACUCAAAUCUCUCCUAUAUAAAUGAUUAUAUUGUACAGUAUCGCACAAGUAUAGUAUAGCCUAUUUUUGACAUAUAUACUUUUAGAUGAAAGAUAGUUGCAGAGUGUCAUUUGUGUAUUGUUUGCAUGGCUUAGCCAACAUUUCACUGCAAACGUCCGAGUGUAGGCCUUUAUUAAUCUACAAUUAGCCUUUAACUUAAGUGUUGUGGAUGUUAAUAGGGCUUUUUUUCACCCAGAGUUCUUAGUGAUCACUAUGCUCUCCAUUUUGCCUUCACUGUAUAGACAAACCAAAACAUUUGCUUUUCAUCACCAAAGAGCUCCACCCACACCCUUCCUUUAUUAUGGCCACAUACGGCCGCCAUUCAACUCUCUUCGAGGGUGGAAAUACCGCAGUGUUCUUGAACUCAAACAUAAAAUAGCUUUUAAAAAAAACUGGGAGUCAAAAAAUGCUGGAUAUCAAUGAUAAAAUGAUCAACCAGCUGUUUUUAUAUCAGGCUUUGAAAUGAUUCUUUCUUUAUUCAUUUACCUUAGGUCGAAAAAAAAUGUGUUAUGCUGAAUUCUGACAACUUAUCUGUGACUGUUAGAUGCUGAAAUACUUUGCUGGAAAUGUUUUACAUCAUCUGAGCUUCCUGUUGUGAGAGCUGUGAUCAGUUUCAGUUACGUUUAGCUGGUAAAAACCGUUUAGGAUACUUUUGGGUGAUUCUGAGGUGCUUUUCAUAGGUUCAAGAGAUUUGUUGUCAUACAACUGGCUAGUCUUGGUUUUGUGAACGUAUUUAUGUGGACGGAACGGCAAGUGAGCGGACAGGCUGUAGGUGUGGUACGUUUAAAUGCUGAUUAUAGAUGAUUUAAUGAUGUUGGCACUUUUUUGCCCUGUGAAACGUUUCAACGGUCUGUCUGUUCGACUAGAAAUUGCACUUGUGGGAUUUCAAGAAAGUCAAGAAUGUCUUGAAGUAUUUAAAGGUCAAACUUCCAAGAUGGCUUCCUCAAUAAGAUCGAUUUCUUGAUUUCAAAGAGUUGAUGAGAGCGAGAUGGCAGCUUUCCUGCCUUGAUCCUGAUCUGUCUAAAGGAAGUCUGAUGUGUAAAAGGAAGGAUUUCAGUGACAAAAUGUUGGUGGACACUGGACAGGAAAUAGUCAGUAGUUGACCUUUGGCCGUUGUGUAUUUCUUUAAGUAACUUGCUGCAUUCCAAUAGAGGUUGCUUUGUGACGGUACGUGUAAAAACUAUUUUAAGCUGUGAUGAAAUCAGGCAAAUUAUUUCUGUAGAAAGAUGAAAUCAUAAAGAAUUUUUAGAUUAAUGCAAUACAUAUUUGGGGUAAUAGGAAUGUGAUGUUUUUCUGACACAUCAUCUGUAAUGCACCUUUAGAGAAGGGACACGAUGAGUCUUUUUUUUGCAUUCUGUUUGUUUUUAAGGGAAAUCAGUCUUACUGUAACUGCUAAUUCACAAUAUAUGAUGUUUUAUUUUCAUCCUUGGUGGAACUUUUACGGUACUUUAGUGUAUCACAUGGUUUGUUUGAAAUAUUGUAUAGUUGUGAUAUCUGUAACAACAAUGUUUUAUUUUUUUCCUUUGUUUCGUUUGUAUGGGAGAAGUAAAAAAUAAGAUGAGUAAGAUUUGGGGUUGAUGGUGAUGUGUCGAUACGGGACUGUGAGGGUUUCGCAGGCUUCUGUGUGAGGAUAGGUAAGUCUGCAUGCAUCAUGCUAGAUUUCAAAUGUGUAAUGGUACAAACCACUGCAGUGUUGCUACAGUAAAUGAGUAUAAAAGCUACAAUGAAAUCUCUCGGUGUUAUUUAGCCAUAUCCAGGUUCGCUGUCUGACAGUGUCUGCCACAGUAAUGUGCAAUGAGAUUUCAUGUGCGAGAUCUUAGUCUUAAUAAAGAUUUUAUAUUUAAA